CUAAUAAUGGUGAUUAGGGUAGAUUAGUAUCUACCAUCGACUUAUGUUUUUGGCUGGAUCUUUAUUUAAUUGAUUCCGAAGCAAUGAAAGAUAAAAUUGACAUCGACGGAAUUUGAGGUCAGAACGAAAGAAGCACUGCUUGGUCUAAAUAAUUACUAUUAAUUUUGGUACACGACUACAAUUUCGUUUCGGUAUAGUAUUUCCCUUUUUAUAAGUUUUCGUCAGGGAUACCUGUAGUAGUAGAUAUUCUUUGACCUUUUCUCCGAAAUUAGUGACUUUUCUGGGUGAAUUUCUACAUUUGUAUCAAAGCUGCAGAGGAAAGGAUUAUACGGAAGAUAAGAAGUCAGAUUAGAUUAUUAUCAGAUGACAUCUGCUUCACAGGAUUUUUACAUAAGCAACGUCAUUAGAAUGGAAAGUCUUUUGAAGACUGAGCAAAGAUGUUAUACAAAACACGUAUAACCCUGUUUCUAUGAAUAUUUACUGAAUUACUGCAAAAUAUAUCUGGGGAACUCUGACAUAUAUGUAGCAAAAUUUCUCUUCUUUAUUGUCUGGAAUACACAGAAAAUUAUAUUUGCAUAUUAAUUAAUCAUUUAGCAUUUAAACUAGCACAAAUAUUCUGACCUCUCACACUCACCAUGCAGUGUCAAUUUAAACAUAAACAAUCAAAUCACUGAAGUCUCAAAGCUAUGAGAUAAUCCAUGAUUAAUUCAAAACAAUAUGAAUAAAUAAGCAUUACAUUUCACAAAGGAAUCUCAAUGCUAAACGGUUAAACUGGCCAUAUUUUUGUGUGUUUUAUAUUCAUACUAGCCAGAUCCCACCCCUCACACCCACCCUACAAGGUCAUUCUAAAAAUAAACAAUCACUACAUUGAAAUCUGAACAUGAUAGCAUAAUGAAUGAUUAAUUCAGAAGAAUUUCAAUAAACAUUCUAUUUGACAAAGUAAUCUGAAUGUUAAUGAGUUAAAGCAAUUAAGAAGGCAGUUUGCAGCAUCUUCAGAUAUUAACAAAGAACACUUUUCAUGGAGAUAUAUCAGUAGAAAUAUUUGUUCAGAGCAAUAUACGAGAAGAAGGAAAACCUUUGUGACCUGUGACAAGAGAAAGGAACAUUAUGGAAAAUGAAUUAUUUAGGAGUGAAGUUGAAUGUAAAAGAGAGUCUGAAGAAAUUGAUUUUUCUGAUGAGGAAAAGAAUGAAAAGGGCAAAACAUCAUAUGAUUGUGAUAUCUGUGGCAAGUUGUUCUCUCGGAAAGCUAAGUUAGUCAUUCACGAACGUACUCAUACAGGAGAAAAACCAUAUCACUGUGAUAUCUGUGGUAAAUCAUUCGCUCAGAAAGGUAACUUGACUACUCACCAACGUAUUCAUACAGGAGGGAAGCCAUAUCGCUCUGAUAUCUGUGGUAAGUCAUUGUCACAAGAUAGUGAUUUAACAAGACACAAGCAGAUUCAUUCAAGAGGAAAAUAUUUGUACUGUGACAUCUGUGGUAAAUCAUUCUUGCGGAAAGAUAACUUAGUCAUCCACCAACGUAUUCAUACAGGUGAGAAGCCAUAUCAUUGUGAUAUCUGUGGUAAAUUGUUCGCUCAGAAAGGUAACUUGACUGCUCACUGACGUUUUCAUACAGGAGAGAAGCCAUAUCACUGUGAUAUCUGUGGUAAACUAUUGUCAAAUCGUAGUACAUUAACAAGACACAAACAGAUUCACACAAAAGGAAAAUAUUUACACUGUGAUGUCUGUGGUAAAUCAUUUUUUGAUACUCAUCAUUUAACCACUCACAAACGCAUUCAUACAAGCGAAAAACCAUAUCGCUGUGAUAUCUGUGGUAAAUCAUUCUAUGAAAAUAGCUACUUAACUAGACACAUACGUAUUCACACAGGAGAAAAGCCAUAUCAUUGCGAUAUCUGUGGUAAAUCUUUCUCUCAUGGGCCCAGCUUAACUGUUCACAAAUACAUUCAUUCAGGUGAGAAGCCGUAUCACUGUGAAAUCUGCGGUAAAUCCUUCUCUCGAAAUGAUCACUUAACUACUCACAAGCACGUUCAUACAGGUGAGAAGCCGUAUCAUUGUGAAAUCUGUGGUAAAUCCUUCAUUCGAAAUGAUUACUUAACUAGUCACAAACGUACUCACACAGGUGAGGAGGCAUAUCAUUGUGAUAUCUGUGACAAAUCAUUUGCACAGAGAAGCAGCUUGACUACUCACAAGAGCAUUCAUAUGAGAAACAAACCACACCAAUGAUCCAUCAUCAUUGUUUUCACGUCCACGGUUGUCAUGCUCUCAUGGGUCAGAUGGAAUUUGGUGAGGUGGAUUUUCUCUGUCCAGAUGGCCAUCUUGUUACCAACUUUCACCUGUUUCAAACUAAGAUAUUUCCCCAUGAUCAGACAUGUUUUUAUGUCAGAUUGGAGAUGGACACUGCUUGUAUGGUAGUGACACUCGUUUACAACUAUCACACAGUCUCAAGGCAAGGAUAUAAUAACACACACACACACACAUUCAUAAGCCCCUCACACUUCUAUGAAACAUCCCCCUCUAUCCUCUGUACCACUAAUAUUCCCCCACCACCAAUACCUUUUGUGUAUGUCCUCAUACAUCUCCAACAUCAUCCAUUUCUCUAUAUAUAUCUGAAAACAAUU